UUUCUAAACCCAGAGACGCAACUUCGCAAGACUUCCGGGAACUGUUGAGAAACAGUCCAAACAGACCAGUCUGGGGUUUGGGGGUUGAGAAGUCAAUGAUAUAUAUUAAAUAUUCUUCCUUAGCUGUUCAUUUUCUCAAAAUCUAAAGAUACAACCUAGAUUAGAUCCGACGUCUUAAGUAGUUGAGCAUGUUAGUACUCAAAGCUCGUGAAAGUGAAAAACUGAAACGUUUUCAUUUUCGUCAAAAACAACGUUAUAUCGACGGAGUGCCGUUGAUUUGACGGCCUGCACAUGCGUAGUUUGGCACGAGACGACCGUUGUUGACCAUGGCCUGUUUCUACAUAUGAGUUUAGUGAGCCAACGUCGCCAUCACGUCGUCUACAAGUGUGCUCUGGGAUUUAUACUGAAGAAGCAGUUUUAGCCUAUCUCCAUAGUGUGCUGUCUUUGAUUCGGUCAUUGCUUUUUACGACUUGACUGACAGGGAUGAAGAGGAUAACAGCGCCCUCGUAGAGCAGCUUCACACAGUGGGAUCAGUCCAGCGACGAGGGCAGAAAAACGUGAUGAGUGGCAGGGUUGGCGACCUAAGUCCGAAGCAGGCUGAGGCAUUGGAGGAGUUUCGAGAGAGGAUUCAGGAUGUUCUUCCACUACUUCCUGCUCAGCAUGACCACUUCCUGUUGCGCUGGCUCAGAGCCAGGAACUUCAAUGUCAAUAAGUCAGAAGCCAUGCUUCGAAAGCACCUUGACUUCAGGAAACACAUGAAAGCAGACACAAUCACCACAGAAUGGCAGCCUCCAGAGGUUAUUGAGAAGUACCUGUCUGGUGGGAUGUGCGGGUUCGACCGGGAGGGAAGCCCCAUCUGGUGGGAUGUCAUCGGCCCUGUGGACCCUAAGGGCCUCUUCCUGUCUGCCUCUAAACAGGACUUCAUCAAGUCUAAGAUUAGAGACUGUGAGAUGCUGCAGAAGGAGUGUGACCUGCAGUCUGAGAGGCUCGGGAGGCAUGUGGAAGCCAUUACUAUGAUCUAUGACUGUGAGGGUCUGGGUCUCAAACAUUUGUGGAAGCCUGCCAUCGAGACUUACGGAGAGAUCCUGACCAUGUUUGAAGACAACUACCCUGAGGGCCUCAAGAGACUAUUUGUCAUUAAAGCCCCCAAGCUCUUCCCCGUGGCCUACAACCUCGUCAAACACUUCCUGAGUGAGAUCACCCGCAACAAGAUCAUUGUCCUGGGUGCCAACUGGCAGGAGGUGUUGCUGAACUACAUAGACCCAGAGCAGCUCCCUGCUGCGUACGGAGGGAAACUCACUGACCCGGACGGGGACUCUCGCUGUAGGACCAAGAUCCACUAUGCUGGGACAGUGCCUACGUCCUACUAUGUUCGUGAGUCAGUGAAGGUGGACUAUGAACAGUGUCUAACAGUCAGCCGUGGCUCCUCACAGCAGCUAGAAUAUGAGAUCCUCUUCCCUGGCUGUGUGCUCAGGUGGCAGUUUUCUAGUGAUGGGGCAGACAUCGGCUUUGGGGUGUUUAUGAAGGGGAAAAUAGGAGAGAGGCAGAAUGCAGGGCAGAUGCAGGAGGUGGUUCCCAGCCAGAGAUACAACGCACACCUGGUGCCCGAAGACGGCUCUCUCACCUGCAGCGAGCCUGGGGUCUAUGUGCUGCGGUUUGACAACACCUACAGUAUUUUCCAGUCCAAACGCAUCAGCUUCACCGUCGAGGUCCUGCUCCCAGGCCAAUCUCAGUCUCCGAAAAAACGGGCCGGCUCACAAGUGGAGGCCAGCAACCAAUCACAGUCUCCGAAUAACCAGAGUGGAUCAGAAUCUGGGGCCAGCAGCUAAUUGUGACAGACGAGCUAGAGCUAGUCUCAGCCUCGACCAUGGUCAGUGAAGUCAGACCUGAAACCACUGAAACAGACUCCAAUGAUCAGUACUGAGGUACUUCAUCUGACAAUGGGCCAUUGUGCUGCUCACGAAUUAAGGUAUGUAGCUCUGGUCUAGUGCAUUACAUGCGGCUUGCUGAUGCUGAGACUUCUACAUCUGCAAGCCACACGUAAUGCCCUGGACCAGAGCUAGAACGUACAAUGAAUAGAAACAAGUCCACAACUCAGGGUCCCUGGAGUAAAGGAGAUGUAUUAAAACACAGACUGAAAUAACUUGUUUACUUUUUACAAUAAGUGUAUGGCUUUUAAAAAUCUAUUUUAUUUUAAAGACCAGGAAGUAUAGUAUAUCUGAAUGUCAUUGAGGGACCAUGGUGUAUUAUUUUGCAAUGCUGAGAGCAGAGCAGCAAGACCUCAGGAGAUAUUUAUUUCGUCAACACUCCUCCAUAUAACCAUCUGUUCAUGUAGAAUCUCUUUUCCGUGGCAACAACGCAUUAUGGGCAUCACCCUCUCUUUCUCUCUCUCAAGCACUGGGUGAAUUUCAAGGUUUUUCCUUGAUUGCUCAUGACCUUGAUUCCUCACCUUCUUCUCAAAAGGCAAGGAAUAAGGAAAUACUUUUGAGAUGUACCCUCUCGCUCUCACUCUUUCUCUCUUCUUUCUGUCAUGAUUUAUGAUUCAAGACAAAAUUAGACCAUUUUGAGUAUGCCUUUUCUUUUCAAAAUCAACACAGUUCUGUUCAAAUGAAUAUGUUGACAUACCGGUAGUUUUAUUUUCAGGGAAAACAAAUCUAUAUUUUGUCUUUUAAAUGUUAGAACAUGAAAGGCAAGAAAUCUUUGAGAAUGCUAAUAUCCACUGUCCAAAAUCUGUAUCAUUAAGUAUUAUUGCAGUAGAAUGACAUUCCAUGUUGUUGUGUAACCUUUAGCAGCAGUUUGUUCCUGUAUAGGGUUGCAAUUUGCAAAAUUCCAGUAACUUUCCCAAAAUUAGGGGUCUGUAUUUCCUGCUUAUUCCCUCCUGAUUCCGGGAAUCCUCCAACUGAGAAAUCUAGAAAACCUAGGAAUUUGGGGCAAAUUACCAGAAUUUUGCAAACCUUUUCAUGUAUAUCUAUAUGUAACAACGAGAGACAUACAUUCCCUGGUGUAAAUGCUUGCCUUAAAUACGUCAGUGUGUUAAAAGAAUGUGCAGCACUAAACGAACUGGCCCUUAUGGGCAGUUGAAACACUCAAAUCGCAAUAUUAUAUGUAAUCUGUAAACUGUACUUCAUAUUGAUUGAAAUGAUUGAAGUCGUCUUCUGCCAGCAUCUUGAUAAAGUAUUUUGCACAUUGAAAAUCAUGGAAUGUAGCUAGCUAUUAUAGCCUUAUUUGACGUUGGUUUGUGCUCACUGUUCAAUAGAUAAUUUAUGUUACCUUUAUGUAUUUUAGUAAUGAGUAGGGGGAACAGUACCCACUCCAAAACAUUUAAAUUGUUAUUUUUUUGUGAACAUUUGUCAAUCUUUUCUUUAGUUAAAAUUGGAAACAUGUCAUUUAUUUUUGUAGAAUUCAUGUAGUCAGUGCAUAUUUAAUGUAACAGAAUCAAAUCUGAGCUGUAUCAAUCUAUUGGGAAAAUAAUAUACAUGUUUGAAUCAA